AUGGGGCGACGAAACCGGGAGCGGGGUGAGGCUGAGGGGAGGGAGAACCGGGACCGCGCUGGGGCCGGGGGGGAAAAACAACGGGGACCGGAGGGCUUGGGGACAACCGGGGCUGGACUGGGCCUGCGGCGGGGACAACCGGGACCGGGAUGGCGCUGGGGAGGGGACAACCGGGACCGGGAUGGGGACUCGGGGACUGGGACCGACCGGGCUGGGGACAACCGGGACCGGGCUGGGCUGGGGACAACGGGGACCGGGCCGAGGCUGCGGGGAUGUAACGGGGAGCGGGCUGGGAGCAACCGGGACCGGACUGGGGACAACCGGGACCGUGUUGGGGACACCCGGGACCGGACUAGGGACAGCCGGGACCGUGCUGGGAACAACCGGGACCGUGCUGGGGACAACCGGGACCGGGCUGGGGACAACCGGGACCGGGCUGGGGACAACAGGGACCGGACUAGGGACAACCGGGACCGGACUAGGGACAGCCGGGACCGGACUACCGACAGCCGGGACGGGGCUGGGGACAACCGGAACCCCUCCCGGUGCCCACAGAGCGCCCAGGCCGCGCAGGCCCCCCCGGCCCCGCAGUACCCCCGUUACACCCGGGCCGAGGUGGCUCAGCACCGCACCCCGAGCGACCGCGUGUGGGUCACCUACGGCACCGACGUGUUCGACGUCACCGAAUUCGUGGAGCUGCACCCGGGGGGACCGGACAAAAUCCUGCUGGCGGCCGGAGGAGCCCUGGAGCCGUUCUGGGCUCUCUACGCCGUUCACAGCCAGCCCCACGUGCUGGAGCUGCUCCGUGACUACAAAGUGGGCGAGCUGAGCCCCGAGGACGCGGCGGCGACACCGGGGGACAGCGCGGACCCGUUCGCCGGGGACCCCCCUCGCCACCCGGCGCUGCGGGUGAACAGCUUGAAACCUUUUAACGCCGAACCCCCUCCGGAGCUGCUGACCCAGAAUUUCCUGACUCCCAACGAGCUUUUCUUCACCCGUAACCACCUCCCGGUGCCCUCGGUGGAGCCGGGCUCCUACCGGCUGCGUGUGGAGGUUCCCGGUGGCCGAGCGCUGUCGCUGUCGCUGGCCGAGCUCCGCCGCCGCUUCCCCAAGCACGAGGUGACGGCCACGCUGCAAUGCGCCGGUAACCGGAGAUCCGAGAUGAGCCGCGAGCGCCCGGUCAAGGGGCUGGACUGGGACAUCGGGGCCAUCAGCACGGCGCGCUGGGGCGGAGCGAGGCUCCGGGACGUGCUGCUGGCCGCCGGUUUCGGCGAGAAAAGCGGAGCCGCCGAGGACUGGCACGUGUGUUUCGAAGGUUUGGAUGCGGACGCCUCCGGGACUCCCUACGGAGCGUCCAUCCCGUUAAAACGGGCGCUGAGCGCCGAGGCCGAGGUGCUGCUGGCGUACGAGAUGAACGGGCAGGAGCUGCCGCGGGAUCACGGCUUCCCGGUGCGGGCGGUGGUGCCCGGUGUGGUGGGGGCGAGGAGCGUCAAGUGGCUGCGGAGCGUGGUGGUGUCACCCUCGGAGAGCCCCAGCCACUGGCAGCAGAACGAUUACAAAGGGUUCUGUCCCUCCGUGGAUUGGGAUUCCGUGGAUUUCCGCAGCGCUCCGGCCAUCCAGGAGCUGCCGGUGCAGUCGGCGAUCACCGAACCCCGGCCCGGGGCCGCCGUGCCCGCCGGGGAGCUGACGGUGAAGGGAUACGCGUGGAGCGGAGGAGGAAGGGAGGUGAUCAGGGUGAGAGGGGGAACGGGAUAG